UCUAGGUAGUGAUAAGAUAUUGUACAUUCAUAUCAAACUGAAUGCUCUAUUUUUUGUUAUACGAGUCGAGUAGACAGUGCGUUUUCCCUGAAGAAAACAAUGCACACCAACAUUUCGUGUGAACAUGUGAUAUAUCGUAAGAAAUGGAGCUAAAAUACAGUGCUCUCUUUAUAUUGUGUGUCGUUGGGAGUGCUUGUGGUGAACUAUGCCCAAAGAAGUGCGACUGUGAUAUGGACGAUGGGUUAAAUAGAGCGACGUGUAACAAUCAGAACAUUGUAAAUGUUGAUGUGGGUGUGCCGAAAAGUGUUCAGAUGUAUAGUCUUAGCCACAAUGCCAUUACUGAAUUGGAAAAUUUCUGCUUCAAGGAUAUUGGCUACACUUCGCUGAAAAUUUUAAUUUUAUCCUACAAUCUCAUAUUCUGGAUUGGAUUGCACGCAUUUAAUAGUCUAGGAGAAUUAGUGGAAUUGGAUUUGAGCUACAACAGGCUGAGAGACAUUCCGUCAGAUUUGUUUUGGGACACGCCACAUCUUGACAUUCUCGAUUUGUCGGGAAAUGUUUUUGAGACGCUAAAGAAUGAACCGUUCAUAAUUCACGAUAAAUUGCAGGUGCUAAACUUACAAAACUGUAGAAUCAAGUCAUUCCCGGAAAGAAUAUUCAAGCGACUGCCAAAUUUAAAAAAGUUAGAUUUAAGCGAAAAUUAUGUAAUAUCCUUUAAAAGCGUAGUGCUUCAACCACUGACUAAGCUAACUAGGUUAGAAUUAAAAAAUGACUAUUUAAAAUGCAGUGCAGAAUUCAUAGUCACAGAAGCAUGGAUCGUGUCACGGGACAUAUCAUAUGUAAAACUUUGUAAGAAAUCAAAGCCAAAAAUGUUUGAAAAAAUUAUAUCUGCAGUUGUUGAGAAUGAUCCAGUCGAUGUAAAUGAUGUAUGGAAUAUAACAGAGAUAAGAAAGAAAGACGAAAACGUCACAAUACCAGUAGUCGUAACCAGAGCACCGACGCUAUUUGAAAAAUUUGACAAAGACUUUCCGGCGUUCCAAGCUCUUCUUAUGGGCCUCGUUAUAGGCUUAGGAGUUGGAAUUGUUGGUACCUAUUUAUGGCUCUCUGAAGUUUGUAAAUGCAAGUGUAACUUGAAGACUCGGAUGAGAAGACAAAGGCGGAUAACGCAAAGAAUAAGCAGGGAUGAAGACAUGAGUACAAAUUUACUGUGGUACAGCGCUGUUAAUCCAGAUUUAGCAACGCCUCCCCAAAUACGAAGAGAGCUCUCUCUCCCAGAUGGUAGCACAUCAGUUCGAACGCGAGUUGCAGUAGAUGCCGUUCGAUUCCCGGAUCGGUGCGAAACACCACCGCCACCUUACAACGAGUGUCGCAUCAAUGUCAUACAUAUUAGAGACAAUCAAAGUGUAGCGUACAAUUGACGUCACUGAUAUAUUUAGUCAUUUUCAUCAAUUAAGUAUUUUAAAUGCUAAGUCUGAGUUUAUUGGCGGUAAAGAAAACUAAGGGUUUGUACCAAAUUGACAAGGUACUAGAAUCGAGUGAUAGUAAAGUAUUUGUUCAUCUAUCUAGUUGUAGUAUUUUUAAUGUUAUUGUUGUUUAAAAAUAAAGUUAAAUCCUUUUUUAUUGAAAUAAUAACUUUUUUUUACUGAAAUCACGAUAUGUACAGAUAUACAUUCUGCGUAUGAAAUUAGAAGAUUUAUUUUGAGACAGUAAAGACUUGAAGUGAUUAAAGAUUAAUUGAAUUUUUUGUCGAAAUUUACAUUUUGUGCUUUAAAAUAAAAUACU